AGCUGCACAAAUGUGGAUAGCUGUCUAUGGUAGCAGGAAGUUCCCUUUCUGAGCAUGAGUUGUCAUUGUGGGUCUGUUACCUUAUAUCGUAACUCGUGAGCAUAUUGGUGAACUUAAAAACACAACCGUAAACUUUAUCUUAAUGAAUCUAAACAUAUUGUCGGUUUGAUAAAGAGCAGGAGUCACUUUUGCAGCGGGACGCUCAGCGAAACCUAUUACCUUGAUCAGACAGCAAGCUAGCACCCAGCUAGCUAGCUAUGAUCUCAACAAUGCUGCAAACAAUAAUGGAGCUAUCAGUAGAGAGUAAAAUAUUUUAUGCCGUAUUGUUGUUCUCAUGGGCAGUCUAUCUAUGGGAGGCUUAUCUUGCCUUCAGACAACGGAGGAUGUACCGGACAACAACGCACGUACCCCAUGAGUUGGGGAAGAUCAUGGAUGCAGAAACCUUUGAGAAGUCCCGUCUGUAUCAACUGGAUAAAAGCAAUUUCGGUUUCUGGUCAGGGCUCUAUUCAGAGGCUGAGGGUACGAUGAUUCUUGUGCUUGGUGGAAUUCCCUUCCUCUGGAAUAUUUCUGGAUCUGUGAUUGCACACUUUGGCCUGGGUGCAGAAUAUGAGAUUUCCCAGUCCUUGGUCUUCUUAAUGCUAGCAACCCUUUUCAGUGCCUUCACAGGCCUUCCCUGGAGUCUCUACAAUACUUUUGUUAUUGAGGAGAAGCAUGGCUUUAACCAGCAGACCGUUGGUUUCUUCUUGAAGGAUGCCCUAAAGAAGUUUCUGGUGACCCAGUGUAUCUUACUUCCAGUCACCUCGCUAUUACUUCACAUCAUUAAGAUGGGAGGGGAUUACUUUUUCAUCUAUGCCUGGCUUUUCACCUUGGUUGUGUCUCUGGUGCUGGUCACCAUCUAUGCUGACUACAUUGCCCCCCUGUUUGAUAAGUUUACUCCUCUCCCAGAGGGAGAACUGAAAGAGGAGAUUGAAAGCAUGGCCAAGUCCAUCAGCUUCCCUCUGACUAAAGUUUAUGUUGUAGAAGGCUCCAAGCGUUCCUCCCACAGCAACGCUUAUUUCUAUGGUUUCUUCAAAAAUAAGCGCAUUGUGCUGUUCGAUACACUUCUAGAGGAUUACUCUCCCCUCAAUCAAGGUGGUGAAGGAGACACUGAUCAAGGAAAGGAUAAUUCUGUGCCAGAAGAGACCAAUGCCAAACCAAAGAACAAGAAGCAAGGUUGUAGCAACUCUGAAGUUCUUGCAGUUCUUGGACAUGAGCUUGGACACUGGAAGCUGGGUCACACUGUGAAGAAUAUACUCAUUAGCCAGAUGAAUUCCUUCCUAUGCUUUUCUCUGUUUGCACUUCUGAUUGGUCAGAAAGAGCUCUUCCUUGCCUUUGGUUUCCAUGACAGCCAGCCCACCCUAAUUGGUCUCAUGAUCAUUUUCCAGUUCAUAUUCUCCCCGUAUAAUGAGCUCUUGUCGUUCUGCUUGACGGUGUUGAGCCGCCGGUUCGAGUUCCAGGCGGACGCCUUCGCCAAGGGGAUGAACCGUGCCUCUGAGCUCUACUCAGCUCUCAUCAAGCUCAACAAGGACAACCUGGGCUUCCCCGUGGCUGACUGGCUCUUCUCCAUGUGGCACUACUCUCAUCCUCCCCUGCUGGAGCGCCUCCGAGCCUUAGGGGGCCCCAAGCAGGAUUGACGGCACCUGAAGGGAGGGAGGCGUCUGUCAGAGUCCCCCAAGGGCCUCCGUCGGCCCCUGUUGGCACUCUGACUACGUUUUUGUCACCUGUUCUCUCUCGCUCUCUCUUUCUCUCUCUCUCUAUCUCCCCCUCUCUUUCCUUACUCGUUAUCCCUCAGUUUCACAAUUCCUCUACCCCCAUGUGGUUUUUGUGUUCAUUUUAUCAUUUGCCCCCCUGCAUUUGCAUCACAGACCAGUGCACUAACCAGCCUACAGGGGGUUGGAGAGCUGAUUAAAGAGCUGAUCUCAUCUAUACGCUCUGCUUAGGCUGGCGUCACGGUGCUUCUGAUGUUCUUCACAGACCUCAGGUUGCCCUUUGCAAGUAUUCUUGAUGACAUGUAUAAUUAUUUUACAUACUUUUUUUUUUUCAUUUUACUCAUGAUGUUUUCAUAUAAAAUAUUUCCAGUUCAUCCAGACAUUCCUCUUUCUUCUUUGCUGCAAGUUCUGUUCAUGGUAUAAUAACCUGAAGUUCACAUCUUGAUCAGCUUAUAAAAGAGUGGAUGAAGAUGUGAAAUUGAGCUGUGGUGAUUUGGAAACUAGUUACAAGAAUUAAAGGGACAAAAUGAGACCAAAAAGCAUCAUCUGUAGGACAUGACAGUAUGUAUGAUGACGUUCAUAGGUUAUGUCUACUAAGUCAAUGAGAGGCAUGGUCAUCUCUGGUCAUCUCUCCCAAGACCAGAACUGUAACCCUUUGCAGACAGUUAAGACUUCCUGUUCUUGUGCACCUAAUGGUUUAACACGGCUCAAGCAGUGAAGGGAUCACAAUGAGCUUUUAAGUUUGGCAACAGCCAGUGAUAAGGCGAAAGAAAAGGUUUGUUUUCAGUCAUUUCAAGCAUUAUUUUUUAAGAAGAUGUAUUUGACGAGAUCAAAAAGUGGCUGUAAAUAUUUCAUUUGUGAUUUAGAAACAUUACUUUGAAGGACUGACUGCAGAAUCUGAACUAUUUAACUAUUUGAAAGUUCUGUUUAAACUGUGAUUGUUUAGUUUCUUUGUUAUUAAGAGUGCCUGGGUCUGUAAGAUGUACAGUAGCGAGGAUAAGGUUAUAGAUUACAGAUGCUUGAUCAGAAAUCCGGUUUGAUGCAGAAGAUGUUCUCUUCUGACACCGUAUCGGAAAGAAGCAAGCACCACAGAAAGAAGCAAGCACCACUCUUUCAGGAUUGGUUUGGUAGAUGGGCUCUUGCCCACCGUAGCUUGCUGUGCUAAGUGUGAUAUUGACAUGGUUUUCUUGUAUUGGGAAUAAACUACCCAUGUGAAA